UGGACAUUUUGGGAGAGCUGCUGCUGACAGUUGUACACCGAAGGCUGGAUUAUCACAACAGGCCCCCCCACUGCGACCAGAGGACCUGUAGAGGGCCAGAGAGAGAGGCCCAAGCAAGGUGUUGUUGUUGUGCCCAGAGAGGAGCUGACUUUGUGUUGACAGCACAAGUGUUCAGGAUACAGCAGGUCUUUCCAGCAGUCUUUCCGUUCUGCUUCAGCAGACAAAGGUGGAUGUGCAUCAUCAUCAGGAAAGAUGUUCUUUGUGGCAGGGGCCAGAAAUACAACAGGAUCAGGAAGAGGAAAUGAGAGGAGGUUAAUUUACCAGAAAUUUCGAGAGGUAGAUAUAUUGGACAAGAAGAAGACGGUGACAGCUCUAAAGCCUGGAGAAGAUCGGGCCAUUCUUCUGGGACUCGGAAUGAUCCUCUCCUCAGUCAUGAUGUAUUUUGUCCUGGGGAUCACCAUAUUGCGCUCCUACACAGACAGUGUGUGGACAGAGGAGGGUGUGUGUAUUGUUCUCAACUCCACGGUCACAGCAGACAUGAACUGUUCCUACAGCUGUGGGUCAGAUUGCUGGAGAAUAUCCAAAUACCCUUGUCUGCAGGUCUAUGUGAGCGUCAAUAACACAGGCCGUGUCAGCCGUUUAUCUCACAAUGAAGAGACCCAGGAUGCCAGCUCUGAAUGUUUCCAUGUGCCCAGGUGCCAGAAGGACAGCGCGGCCGUGCACGACAUGAUUGUGAACAUUUCCGAGCGUCUGAAGAUGACCCGGCAGGUCCCAUGUUACUACGACCCCAGCGAGCAGCGGGAGACGGUCCUCCUGAUCCGGCUGUACGACCAAAGCUUCGUCUUUCACUCACUGCUCUGGCCGUCUUGCACGCUCACAGGAGGAGCCCUCAUCAUCAUGAUGGUGAAGCUCACACAGUACCUGUCCAGACUGUGUGAGGAGAUACUGAAGAUCCAGAGGUGAAGAAAAGCAACCAAAUGAAUUUUUUUUUUUUGUGACCUCUUGCAAGCUCAGAUAUACAAAGCAGAUGACUUUCACUUCAGAGCAAGUUUAUGAAUGUGAAUAAACUGUAAAAUGUCUGAGGGUACUUGUUUACAAGUGUUCCAUACCUAACAAUACUAAUCAAUAUUUCAACUGAUGGAGAAAAACACAGCUGUCUGUACAAGAAUGCCUGCGGUUGAUAAUGUUGAACAAUGUGACGAUGCUGGGAACGUUCCUGUAUUUUGAUAAAUAUGUGUGACUGUUUUAAGACGCAGUGACGGCGUGUUGUUAAACUAUAUCUCCAAAAAAAGUGACCAAAUAAAUGUGAGGUCUUUCAUAAUGUUAUAUAGUGCUGUCCAAAGGCAUGACUCACCCCUCAUUUUUCAUAUUUUGCUAGGAAAACAGGAAGUAGGUGUAGAGAUUUAUUGAAAUGUGCAAACAUAGAUGGAAAUACAGUAAAU